CUAGUACACAGUUACUCGAAGCAACAAGUGAGCGUUCAAUGAGUCAGAAAUGAACUCGCUUUAGAAAACAGUUUGACUUUUUGUAACCCUUUGUUUGAUCUCAGUUUCAUCUUUUGUCACGUCUUUCAGGGGGAAGUCAAAUCUCUAAGCAGGUUCAACAACCAUGAAUUUAAACAACUUUGUGGUCCUUCCCAACAAGCCUAAAUCAGUAAAGCUAAAUGUCAGAAAUUUGCGUGAGCUGCGAAUGGAGACAGCGCAGCUCAGCCAGGACAGCAAGGACAUGGAGAGCCGCCUGCAGCAACUCCGAGAAGUCAUGAGCCGUGAGAAAGAGGAGAGAGAGAAGAAUGGUGCUUUUCGCUGGAAAUCUGCUCAGACCCAUGAUGGGACAAGGGACAAAGAGAAAAAGCUCAACAAAACUCCCACCAGCAAGAUGAAAAUAAGAGUGCUGAAGGAUGAGCCUUUACCAGUUGAAAGGGUGCCAGAGCCUCCACCUCCAAAGCAUGGACAGAGCAGAAAAUCCAGGCUGAAAGGAAAAGUGUGUGGCCAGUGUGAAGCUCGAACUGCUGGACUGGUGUGUGCAGAAUGCGCAGAGGAUUACUGUGUCAGCUGCUUUGCUAAAUUCCACCAGAAGGGGGCACUAAGGUUCCAUCAUAUCAUUCCCAUGCAGGCCGAGCUCCAUACCUCCAUCAGCACACUGGAUGUGGUGAAUCGUUUUCAGAAGAAGACUGAACGUGAAGAAGAGGAAGAUGUUUGGUCGAAUCAUGGUGGUGAUGGGGGAACAGAUCCAGAACGCAGUGCAACAUCUACACUUCUCCAGCCUGUUUCUAAUAACCAGAUGCACAGCACACAAGUGUUGUUUGUGAAUGAUGCGGAUGAGGAGAAUGAAACCUCUUUACUGAGAGGCAAUUUUGAUGAAGAGGAAUCUUCCAGAAGUUUUCAGCAGGCUCUGAAUGAGUGGAGAGCAGGAAACACACAUGGCGACAGAGAACAUCAUGAACCCAACCGCAAUGUACAAACUGCUCGACCAGUAAGCAUGGAGGUGAUGGCGACCCAGGCUGGAGGAAGAACUCCCAUAUUUAUUGAGUUUAGGGAUCAUGGACUAAGCUACAUGGAAAGGCUGCUGCUGAAGAAACACCGCAGAACACAGAUUGAAUCUUACCAGUUGCUUUCCACCCCGAGAUCCCCACAGGACCCGAUUACAGACACUCUCACACAGCCUGUUGAAGAGACCCAUGCGACUCAUGAACUAACAGCUGAGGAGAUGGAUCUGCACCGUUACUGCGUCUCUCUUUUUGCCAUCUCCAGCUCAGCAGAAGCAGAAGAAGUGAAUAACAUUUUCAAAUCAUGCCUGAGUAUCACUGAGAUAGAUGAGACAGCAGGAGACCCUCUGGUGGAUGCUUCCUUUGGAGUCAAGCAGAGAGAUGAUAAAAAAGUGAAUCAAGAAGGAAAUGCUUUAGCGAUGCCUUGCCAAGCAGAAGAGGAAGUGUUGCUUCCAACAAAGCCACUUGAUUUCUCACUAAAAACUCAAACACUGGCUAAUGAAACAGUUCUGAGUGGGUCAGUAGAAUCAUUCUCACAAUCCCCACCAUCAGACCAGCUCCCGUCAUCACUCACUCUCCAUAAGCUCCAAAAAUCUGUGGAUAGCUCUACUUUAACAGGCUCUGAAAUGCUAAACCCUGAACAAUAUAAGGAACAUGCAUUUCAAGAAGCACAAUCACCAGAACUCCUCAACCCACACAUAUCAAGAUAUCCAUCAAAAACCACGUCAACACUCAAAUGUACAACACAGGUUAGAGAUUCCUGCUCUUCUACUUCUCUUUCUUCUCAAUCCCAUAGUCCAUUAACUUCCACAUCAAUGCAGUGUCAGUCACCAGCAUUCCCUGUGUCCUCCAAUCAAAAACUGAGUCUGACUCAUCCAGAACACUAUCAAAGAAGCUCUAGCACUCUGAACCCCCCAUUCACUCCAAGAUCUCCACUAAAAGCCACAUCAACACAGAGCUUAGAUUCCUCUUUUUUUAUCCAAUCCCAUGGCCCAUCACCUUCCACAUCAAUUCAAUGCCUCUCGCCAGCAUUUUCCAUUUCCUCCAGGCUAAAAUUGAGCCCAACACCUUCAGAACUCUAUCAUAUUAGCGCUAAAGCUCUGACCCCACCGUCUACUAAAUCUUUCUCUCACACCCAAAGUGGUAACACUCCAUCACAAUCCCAGCCACUUUCAGAACUUCAGAAAUCACCUUUAUCUGCAGAGCAGUCAUCCUCAGACGACGAGGAACCAUAUUUCCUUCCUUUAGGAUCGUCGUCAUCUUCGGAAAAGUCAGAAAUCCUGCAAAGCUCACCUCCUCUUCACCUGAGCUUAUCAAAUUCAGAUAUGUCAAGCGACAGUAUUGGCAUGAUUCCCACUGAUGAAGACUCUUCUGAUGAAGAAAUGAGGAGAUGUGCACUGCAGGACAUGGGGGAAGAGGAAGAGAGAAACACGUUCUCUUCCCCUCCAUCUCUGUUUCCCACUGUAGAUGUUCCUUUCCCCUCUCAGAGCCCCACAACUGAAGAGCAGCCAGGCUUCUUUACCAAACCGUCCCUGGCUGUAAGCAUUUUAGCACAGAGACACAGCAGUGUAUCCACAACCUACCAAGGCCUGGAUGGCUUCUUCACACUGGGGCUAGAAUCCAGGUCUGUUCCACUGAGUCCGGCUCCAUCACACGCUCCUCCAGAGAUGCAGACACACUCCACAAACUCAGAGGCCUUUAUGUCAGGUGACAGUCUCUGGAGGCCAGAGAGCAGCCUUCAACAUCACGCAGAGGCAAAGCUUGUUGGUGUUGUGAUUAACAACCAGCCAAUCAGCAUCAUCUCGCGAUCUGUCACACCAAUCAGUAAAAUGGAGCCAUCCCGGAGGCUGGGUCAAUCAGGUGCCUCUGCUCCAGUCACUCACAAUGUUUCUCGUCCUAUGUGUGCAUCUCGUCCCAUUUCACGUGCUGCUCUGGAGAUCCUGGAGGUUCAGAGCGUGGAGCAAGCCGAGAUCACACACAUCAAACAGGAUGAGGAGGAUCUGCUCACCAUCACCUCUCUGGAGGAAGAGUUCAAACGGAUGAGCGCUGAGCCAAAUUUAUUUGUAUCAGAUGGACAUACAGACAAUAGAAAUUGGACAAAAAAAACUGAUUUUUGAAAUAUAUUCAAAUUUUGCAUCCAUAUAGUAGCUUUUUUGGCAUGAUUAAAUCUUUUAAUAACAUAAUCAGUCUUUUUCUCAUAUAAACUGUAAUAUACUUUUCAUGUGCAAAUAUUAAUUCUCAAUAUCAAUAUCACAAUAAUAAUUGACCAUUUACUCACUCUGUUGUGAAAUGCAUGCUCAACCCUAAUGUAAAUAUUAUUUACACAGAGGAUUAUAAAAUAUAUAACUAAAACUAGUCUUUCAAUUCAUUUUAGUUAGCUAGCUGUUGGUGUAGUUAUCAUGACUUUUAAAGUCUGUUAGUUUGUUAGUUA